AUGGCAAACGAAGACGCGAUGGAUCGCAUGGCGAAGGCGCUAGACAGCAAGGGGGAGGAGGCCGCAGAGGCGAAGGAGAUCUUGUCGGCGGCGAUUGAAAUUUUAGCGAGAUCGGAGAGAACGAAAAAGAAGAAGAAAAUAACGGGGACGUCCGCCUCCGACAUCGUAACGGACCGAGUUUUCAACAAGAAGACGGUGGCAGAGGCUGUGACAACACACCAGGAGAAAGUGGCCAAAAGCCCAGACGAUUAUAUAUGGUGCCGCGAUGGAUCGUACGCCGCCCCCAAGAAUCAGGUCAGGUGGUGCUGGGAAUGCGGGGAGAAAGACAAUUGGAAAAUGAUGUUCAAUUUCUUCACGAAGGAGCGGCCGCAGAAGUGGUGCACGUCCCCCGGCGUUUGGAACGAGAACUGGUUCUGGGAACAGGGCAGCCAGAACGAGCACCGCGGCCACCAUUGUUUCCCCUGCCACGCGGAGAGUACUGGCGCCGACACAGUGACGGCCAAGAAGGCUCUCCUGAAACAACUCGGCAAAACGAAUAAACAUUCAUGGGGUUCGGCCAGAUCUCGCGAGCGCGUCGACAAAUACAAGGCGUCCUUCACCGAGAUCAAGAAAGCUUUCACCGGCCUCGUGGGCUUCGCACUGGACGGCGAUGGAGGCGCCUCCUGGAGGAAAGCGACGAUGGGAGUCGAGAUCGGAAUCGACCCCAAGAGCAAGGGAGCCCAACCGGACGAGGCGGUCGACGAUCUAGGCCGAGAAUGGGCCGAGGUGCCCGAGGAGGGCUGGGCGCUGACGGGCUCUUCCUCGGCCGCCGCCAAGCCGGAGGAGCCGGCCAUGUUCGGAGCCCAGAGCUGGGACGAGUUCGUCGACGGCGACUUGUUGACCGCUUUGAAUCACGACCAAAGGCGUGCCAUCGCAAGAGCGUAUUUGCAGAUCCAGACGCAGCGGCUCAGGCGCAUCGCGGCGCCGCAGAUGAACUUGAUCAUUUGCAAAAAACGGGACAUGAACAAAGCCGUCGCGUGCGCCAACGUGUACAGCGACUGGCUUAGCACAGACAUUUACAGCGAGAUUUCCGACUUCACACUGAAGGAGGACCAGCAAUUCUGCCACAACAUUCAAGAAUCCAUGACGGCCAACGCCGAGAGGAUGCAGGGCUUCUCCAAAGCCGUCGAGGCUGGACAUGGCAAGCCAGGCCAAUACCAGUUGGUUUGUGAUUACUCAGACCACUUCCUUGCAACCGAUAAGGGCCGCAUGAACACAUACUACUGUUGCGGCGGCAAGACGAACUACAGCAUGGAGAAAAAGAAACAC